UUCUCGAAGUCUUGUCUCGGCGGGUCGGACCUUUGUGCGAAACUGCGUUCCGAGUUGGGAUUUUUUUUCUGCCUUAGUGGAAAAAUGAUAAUUCUGGACUAACCCUGGAUUACGGUGGAGUUAUUGUAGCGGAAAAGUGACGGAAAGGGUUCCCGGGAGAUUCCCGGGGUGAUUUCGAUCCGUAAUACGAGCUGGAAUAGUGAAUUCCGAGGUAUAGUGCACCUUAGAGGGUAGACCCCCCAGGAGAAGUUGCAGUAGAGUAGCUGAAGAGUGUGUGUUGGAAAUCUAUUUCGAGUGCUAGUGGAGUGAAGAAAAUAAAAAGUCAAAAUAGAGCUAAAAUUGGGAAAAAUAAGCUCCAAAGAGCAGGGGACUUGAAGUGGUAAAGUUGCAGCGUAAAUGUCUAGUGUUGCGUAAAUCCGUGCUCGUAUGCAGCUGAGAAGUUCUACAGCCUGGUGAAGGUUCCAUAUUUGGGGAGAGUGGCCAUUGUGGAGUGUGUUGUUUUGGUUGCCCAAGAAGAAAAAAGUCCACGUCGUGGAAAAAAAAAUAGCAAAAGAACCCUCUCGACGUUGUCUGCUGCAGUGCGAAGUAAUAAAAAAGUAAGAACUCCUGCGACGCGGAGAUUGUACCGCAGAAGAAGAAAGGUUCAUGUUUUGAAAGUGAAUUCAUUUUGUGUUUUGCCUGUCGAUUCGAGAAGCAGUCACGAGUGUCUGCGAGUCUACGUGGAAAGGUCAACGCAGAGCAGAACAUAAAAAGUGCAUCCAAGCUGGGAUAGAAGAAGGAAGACUGUCGUCGUCGGAAUCCCGGGAAGGGAAAACACAUCGAGCAACAGAGAAACUUUGGAGUACGUAGGAGAGAAACCUGAGUAGCGCGGUGGUUCCUGUCAGGACUGCAAGGAUUCACUUCUAGUCACCAGACAUCUAACCGGAACAUUCGAGCAAGAGAACGUCAGGAAACAUGGAAUUUGUGGCAGCCAGAAGGAUAUUCUGGUUGGCACAUUAGCGCAGGAGGGAGAUUUUUUAAGAAACGCUGUACCGGAAAAGAUGCAUCAACGCUUCCAUGCGAUCAAAACUAGAUGGAGCACCACUUUCCUGCGGCCACCAACGCGUGAAAGCCCCAAGUCUUCGUCAGCAAACUGCGAACGAGAACGGCCACUAGAAUGACCCGCAGCCGCAGUCAACGUGUCGUCCUGAUACUGGCCCAGCUGCUGUUCGCGUGUGUACACGUGUCGGACCAGACGGAAUGUGCACUUACGGCCGGCUACGGCAGCCUGAGUGGCACGCCCCCGUCCGAUGGAUCGGCGGUGGCGGCCGAGUAUCCGAGCUAUGGCGACGAUAGCGAGGAUGUGAAUAGUUUUCUUAAGGUAUUGAGUUGCUUUGAUACGGGACUACGCACGGUGAAUGAGGAGUAUUUGCGGCCGGUCAACUCGUACAAGGGAGUGCUGCUGGAGCGGGUUCCGGUGGAGGCUCCCGAAGUUGACCAUUUGGCGUUUAAAAAUGAAAACUAUUUGGAAGCGAUACGGUGGAAGGAGAGCAACGUCACGGGACGGCAGCUGGAGUUGACAUUCGCGAGGGAGGACAAAAAGUUCACUAAUUUAGUGAUGUUAGAUUUAAGUGCAAAUAACAUUAGAGCUCUAAGGCGAGACUAUUUCAGCAAGCUAGACAGAUUAAAGCUGCUGAAGCUGUCCGAGAAUCAAUUAUCCAAUCUUCCAAGUGAUAUUUUCUACGACUUAACUAACCUAGAAGAACUGCAGCUGCAGUACAAUAAGCUAAACGAGAUUGUCUUGGGGCAGCUCCGGCCGUUGAGUCGUCUGCGCAUCCUGAACCUGUCAAACAACUCUAUACACGAUCUUCCACGGAACAUCUUCAACGGGCUGAGCAACCUGACCGAGCUGUAUCUGUCCAACAAUCGGCUGUACGUGGUGCCAUUUCAAAUCUUCAAAGAGCUGCGCGCGAUUGAAGUGCUGGAUCUCUCGAACAACAUGCUCGUGUCCUUUUUGGACAACUUCUUUCUCACCAACAAGCAGCUGCGCGUACUAAGACUGAACAACAACAUCAUCGAGAAGAUUUCGAAAAAUGCGCUGUACGGUCUGAAGAAGCUCCAGCAGUUGGAUCUAUCCUACAACAAGUUGGUAUUUAUCGAUCGUAACGCGUUCGACACGCUGGACGACCUGCGCCACCUGAACAUCAACAAUAACCAGAUCUACAUCCUCCCGUCGACGGUAUUUUCGUCGUUGAAGAGCCUGCAGACCAUCAACCUGAGCAACAACGUGAUGCGAACUCUGCCCAACUCCAUCUUCUCCAAUCAGUUCAAGCUGGAGCGACUGUACCUGGACGCGACCAACCUGGAAUCGCUCAGCAACUGGGUGUCUCGCAACAACAACACCGUCAACAAGGACAUUCUCAAGAACCUGCACCACCUCUCAAUCCGCAACAACACCCGACUGAAAGAGAUCGAACCGUGCGUGUUCCGCAACGUACCCAGCCUGGACACCCUCCUGCUGUCGAACAAUAGACUGACCAGCCUGCCGAAGGAGAUCGGCGAGCUGACCAAGCUGCGCCACCUGGACGUAGCCAACAACGACAUCAUGUACAUCCCCGAGCAGGUCCGCAACCUGCACCAACUGCAGCAGGCCAACUUCCAGAACAAUGACUACGGCUGCGACUGCCACAUGUACUGGAUCCUCAGCUGGAUCGACGAACUCCAAGCUGAAAACAACACCCAAAAGAUCUACGACCUGCUCCGGCUCCCAGAACUCAAGUGUCGCAACGGCUACCCGGGUGACAUCGUGCGCGUCCUGCAGCACAUCAACUGCUUCAAACCCGAACUGCUGCAAUCAUCCGACAGCAAAAUGCACCUGCUCAAAUCGGACGCCGUGCUGGAGUGCGUGUUCACGGGAAAUCCCCCACCGGACAUCAUCUGGAUCACCCCGAAAAACGAAAUCCUCCGCCACAGCCAGGAGCAGGACCAAAAGUCCCUCCUCUUCGACACCUCCAGCGACGGCACGCCCCACAAGUACCAGCAGGCGGUCGAGUUCCAGAUGUUGACCACGGACAACGUCACCGGCGACGGGCUGCUGCGCGAGAACAUCGGCAUCACGCUGCUCGAGAACGGCUUCCUCAAGAUCCACAACAUCUCGCGCCGCGACAGCGGCCUGUACACGUGCUACGCCAUCAACAUCAUGGGCAACGCCACCGCUGGAAUUAGACUGUACAUCGAUCCGAUCGUGUUCUACCGGGUCAAGAUCGGCAGCAUCAUUACGGGGGCCAUCUCGGCGGUGACCUUCCUGGCGUUGACGCUCAUCUUCCAGGGCAUCCGGCGCAUCUUCAUUCGAUUUCGCAUUAUAGAUUUGAUUUGCCAGAACUGUUGCAGCUACUGCUACCGCAGCGACAAGUCGUCGUCGAAGGCGCGCCAGAUCUACGCCAUGCUGGACAACAUCGAGCACUACAAGAGCCAGCAGCUGGAGCGGUUGAGGGAAAAUUACACGCAACAGGUUCACCGCAUCAAGGAGAACUGCCAGCUGCAGGUUGAGUGGAUCCAGGGCAGCUACUCGACGCAGUCCAAGCACCUGCGGGAGAUUCGGGACAUUGGCACGCACCACUUGACCACGCUGCGCGAUCAGUAUUACGACCAGGUGCGACGCGUCCGGGACUACUCGACGGGCCAGCUGAACUGGGUGCGCGAGAACUACGUGUUCCAGCGCAACAAGAUCCGCAAGUUUAGCGCCCACCAGGCGUUGCGACUGCGCGAGGGCUACAAGUACCAGCAGCAAACGCUCAACAAGGUGCUGGAGAAUCUGCCCAGCUUUUACUUCGAGAACUGCCGCGGCCGCAACGAGGACGACGAGGACUUUGAAGGUUUCGAGGUCUACCUGAAGUCCCGCAUCGAGAAACUCUCCCAGAUGGACGCCGCGGCGGCCUCCGCCGUCAUCGCGGCCGCCGCCAUCAAGUACAAAUCGUCCGACUACAACCUCAAGUAUCUGGAGAGCUACUCGGCCAAGAGCGUCGACGAGAGCAAAGCGUCCGUGUACUUUACGCCCAACGAUGGCCAGCUCAGUCCGGAACCGCCGCUGCAGCUGCAACUGUCGCCGAUCCACAUAAACUACAUCGAGCAGGAGGAGCUUGGGGGGAUCGGCGAUACGCCCAAGUCGUUCAAGUCGAUCGUUCCGCCGCCGACGGACGCGAUGAUUGUGCGGUCAAUUUUGAAGCCGCCGGCGAAGCUGGCGUACGAUCGGAAUGUGGCGCGGGUGCGGAAGGGUGGCUAUCAACCGAAUCGGCUGAGCGGGGGUUACGGGGGCGGAGGGGACGAGCUUGGGGAGUGCAGUACGAUGCAGUUCCGGUGUUACAACGACGACGAGAGGGGGAUGCGGGAUUCGGGCGAAGAUGAGGGAAAUUAUAGUCUGAAGCAUAACAGGAAGCAUAAGCGGAAGAGAAAAGUGACGGGAAUGGGUGGUGGUGGUGGUGGGGGGAAGGCACUUGGGGGAGUGGCCGCGGGUUGCGAGUACGAGACGCUGUUGAUGAAGAAUCUGAGCGGAGAUCCGAAAGAGUCCCACUACAAGAUCAUUCACGUGAACAAGCUGGACGGUGGUGGGUUGGGUUACGCCGGGACAAGCGGACUGGGCGCCGGUUGGAUGGCGGGACGGGCGGCUGCGACCCGUAAGAAGCCCCAGCAUACCGGCGAUUACUACUACUCGCUCGAGGACAUGAUCCAGGAAAGUAACGAAAAGAUCCGCAAGCUGAUAUACGAUUCUAAAAUGGACAUUAUGAACGAGGUGAUAACAGGGAGUAGCAAUAGAGAUAAGGUUAGUGGUAGCAGUAGCAGUAGUACGAAUUAUAGGGAAAACAUUUGCAUGACGGAGCGACCUGGCCCCAGCGGGGUCAUGAUGAUCCCGAACGUGACAAAGGUGAAGCAGCAGCAUCAGCAGUCGGCACCGGUGGCCCCGGUCGUCGUCGCCGAAAGCAGUGCCACCACCAGCAGCAGCAGCAAUAACAACAGCGGGCACGGCAGUCGGGACUCUCCCUCGACCUCCCAGAACCUCAACAAUUACCAUCAGCCUUUGAAGAAGAUCCAGAAGCUUCACUUCGAUUCCAGUACAAAUCGCAUCCAAUCGAGCACCAGCUUGCCGGAGAUCUUCUACGACAACCAGUCGUCGUCCAGCUCGAGCGCGUCCACCCUGAUGCACCACCACCACAACUCGGCGGCGGCCACUUCAACCGCCCAACCAAACGGCACAACCUCCAACAAAUCCUCCAACCAGUCCAUCAACCAACAGCAGCAAACCCUCUCGUCCGCGUCCUCAACGGCUUCGAACGUGGCCCUGCCGCCCACCCCCUACCAGCACCACCUUCAGCAGCAGCAGCAGCCAAAAGUGCACGGUAAACAUGUGAUCCUGGCGGUGGAGCCAUCCUCGCCAAAACCCGACGGCGGCGGUGGCGGCAAAUAACACGUCAAUUGAGUUUAUUUCUUUGUUGAAACAUCAUAAUUUAUGCUUUACACACACUCACUGUUGAACAUUUGAACACGCAAUCCGUGAUUUGUAGGUGUAGUUCGGGAGAUUUUAGCUGAACAUCCGUAGGACAUCGUGUCACACGCGUAGAACGUGCGUGCUACAUUUGCCGGGUGAUUCACCUUUGAUUUGGACGUACAUAUUUGCUAGAGAGAAUCGCGGUGAAAAAGAUGUUAAAAAAACGUAGUCGACGAUGAAGGUUUUAAAAUACUACAAGAAAAAAAACUAAUUGGAGUUCUUAACUAGCUCUUAGAUUUAUAUAUCAAAAAAACAUAAUUCAACAGCAAGUAAAAAAGAAGAAAAAUCACACACGCAGAUAUCAUACACAACACUACUGUUUACGUACGUAAUUAAAACCGCAUGUUAGUAGAAAGGAAUAAGAAUUAUUGCAUGAAACUAAAUGCUACUUGCACUACUACGUUGAAUAAUAUUGUGUAUGAAAUCAAUGGGCAAAACAAACAACUAAAAAAGCAAAACUUCAAUAAAAGAAGUGCAAACCUUUUAAGGUGGUUGAUUAUAUAUAGAGGAAAACAAAAAUCCACAAACACACACACACACAAACAGAAGAAGAAAAAAACUCAUUCACACUCAGCAAACAACACAGAGCGAGAGUCAACUGAUGAUUAUGAACAGUGAUGAUGAUGAAAAGGGUGGGAGGAAUAUUAAUAUACAAAACUAAACAAUACAAUAAUAAUAAAAAAAAACAGAAGAAUUUCAUUGGAUAUGGAAUACCCUAGAUGACAAAAGAGGAAAAAUAUAUCAAAUUUAAUUAUCUCAAUAAA